AUGGAUCCUGAAAUAUUAUUAUAUGUUAAUAAAGCACAACUUUGCGAUGACGAAGCUCGUCUUCUUUUCAAUCCUCCUUGCCAACUCUAUUUGCAAAUCACUGGAUUUAUUUCGCCUAAUCCUAAUAACGUUAAUUCUAUAGAUAUCCCAAAAUCUCAAAACGCUUUUCUCUUAUACCGCAAAAAUUAUGCUGCAAAACGUAAAUCUCUUGGGUGUAGAAAGAAUUGGAAAAUUAUUUCAAAGGAAGCCGGAGAUGCCUGGAAGAAGGAAUCGGGCAAAGUAACUUCUUACUUUAACAUAUUAGCAAGGCUGGCCCUUGAAAAACAUAAAUCAAUUUAUGAAAGUGCCAUUCUGGGAAAUCAACUACCAAAAAAAUUCAUCUUUGUUACUCAACAACAACCGGAACCACAAAAAGAAAAUUCUUAUGAAACCAAUGUUAACUAUUUUUCAACACCACCAAAUUCAUCACCUUCUAAUUCUUCCACUUCUUUUCUUCCACGUCCGAUUUCAUCUGAUUACAAUACUCUUCCUAUUAAUUAUAACAACAACGUCAUCAAUAAAACUAAUGCUCUACUCCAAUCUACCCAAUUCGACAUUACUACAAAUUUAAAUAAUGGGGAAAAUCUCCUAGAAGAAUUUCAACGAUUUUUACAAGAUGAACAAACAGAUACACCAUCUAAUGGUGCAGAUUUUUGGCGUUUAGCGGGCGUUUUUUGUCACAAAAUGAAUAGCAAAUUGGGUCAACUUAUUUGUAUUCAAGACCUUAUGUUAACUUCAUGA